GAACCUCUAAACAUUUCAAUAUGAUCACAGUACAAGUACUUUAUUUACACAAUUCCUGCAUAACAAUUUUUCCAUGCCAAUUUCUUAUGCGUAAGGGAAUGCACCUUGCCAUCACAUGAAGUGGCAAACAGAGACGGCACUGCUGCGUCGCUAGCACGGAAAAGAGGCAUACCUGACAAGGGCAAACAUCACGUUUUCGCAGCAUUCUUCCUCAAGAGCCACGUGUGAUCUUUUAUUUGCCUUUUUGUUUUGCCAAGUUUGUGCUCCGAAAGCUCACUCAUCCUAUAUCACCGAACAGAAAAGAAAACGAGUGCACUCGUCUCCCAUGCCAGAGUCCACUUUGGCUAAAGCGAUGCCAAAAACAAAAAAGGCUAAGCCAACCCUGAUCGGUACAUCCACGCAACUGACUUUGGGGCUCAGUUGUCUAAAAUAUCCAUGCAUGCAUGGAGCCUGCUAGCACCCAAAUCCCACCGUUCAAUUUCCAAGUGUCAACCUCCUUGCCUCUUUUGCUUCAUGCUGCCUUUCUCUCAUUGGCCAAAACCACUUAAAUUUGCCCCAAAUCCCACCGUACAAUUUCCAAGUGUCAACCUCAUUGCCUCUUCUGCUUCAUGCUGCCAUUCUCUCAUUGGCCAAAACCACACUUAAAUUUACCCCAAAACCCAUCAAUCCCUCUCGACAACCCACUUCUCCUCUCCCUCUAAACUCUGUGCUUAUCUAACAAUUAGAAAAUCAUUUAGCAUUUUCUCCUAAACCACUAGGGGCUUCUUGACUCCUCUCGCUAGAGAAGGCAAUUAGGCAACCGUCGGUAAAAAAUCAUUCAAGCAUAAAGAGAAAUUAUCCUCCAUGAUCGAAACUCCCAAGUCCCUGCUCUAACACGGCAAAAACAGCGAAAUUAUGUCAAGGUAUAGGCCUAUAGCUCCAAAGCCUGAGGGUCCUGUGAGUUCAAUGGAUGAGAGUUCAUCCACGCCUCCAUAUUUAAGGACCCUUUGGACACAAAUGCAGGCUAGGCCGACCAGAACCAGGAAGCGAGGUAGAGCUGCCGUAUCACCACUUGCCAUCAAACGACCAAGAACUCAUUCGCUGGGACUCUCUUCUGCUACUCAUGCAACAUACUCUGCCAAAAAUCUCUCCUUGCAGGGUUUUGCUCAUGGAAUUACUCAACUUCCUGUUCCAAACCUGGUUGGGAUCAACUGCGGCAUGGAAAAUUCAGUUACCGUGUCAUCAAAUCUAGUAACACUUCCACUUCUUCUGAGUCCAACAGUUUCUGUUGUUGAAAACCAAGCAGCGGCUCCUGAACUUAGUUGCCAGGAACCAAAUAGAAACAAGGUCAUAGAUGUGAACACCGUGGCUGAAACUUCCGAAGAGAGGGAUCCCCUACAGCAAUUACAGGAGCCUAGCACGAGCAAUGUCAUCACACCUCAACCCUUUCGACCUGUAUGCUCAAACAUAAGCGUUGCCAGCAUCAAUGAAGACCCAAGCUUCAUCCCACCAGUGAAAGUUCCAAAGAAGCUAGAGGAAAUUGAGGAAGAGGUUGAGUCCGAGGUCUUGCCAAUAGUGAUAACUGAUUCCAACAACAAAGUGAGGCUAGCAAAUUCUGCGUACAAAGAAAUGGUGGGUCAGCCAGAAUGUUCCUGGCUUGGCUCAAUGAUGACUUCUGAUGGACGAUUUGCAGGCAGCUCAUCCAAGAGGAUAUGUGGGGAGGUGGUACUUCAUCUCUCUGAUUUGAGAGUGCCAGAAUCUUCAACUGGGUUUUCAUGCUGGGUGAGGAUAGAAUGGAGCAACAAAGUAAAAAGUAAUGUGAUCAAUACUUUCUGUGAUGUUAUCAGAUUAUCCUGCGAAUCCAAGGAUUACCUCUUUAGGUGGAGGUUUCACAUUCGAACAAGCAAGGAUUCCCUAUCCAAGACCGAUACUUAACUGUUUUGUUGUAUACAGUGGUUUACUAGAAAGCGCAGCUAUGGUAGAUGUAUACAUAAGACGUCAAUAGUGAAUGUCGAAAUGCUUAUAAGAUCUUCCCUUCCGUUUGUCUCUUCUUGGGACAAGCGGAGGUUAGAAUAUCCCUGUCAAGAUGCCUUCUGCCAAACAAAAGAUACUUACCACACAAGCUCAAGGAUUGUAUCUCAAACAAAAAGUUGAUUCCUUUCAUUAGCAGGAACAGCGACG